UGUACCUGCUCGCACUGAACAUGUCGCGCUGUCAGGGAAUGCGCUCCCAAAUGUCGGGAAAUUACAUACGUGAUUAUAUGUGAUGUCUGGACGGAAUUAUAAGGUGGCAAAAAUUGGGAAAACUAAGUUGGUCUGUCCUGCAAAUAGAAGGAAUGAGAUGAAGAGUUUCGUGUUGAUGGCGAAGUGCACAUAAACUAUGGACGGUUGAUGAUACUGUGUAUCGCCUGAGGUGUGUUUGAGGCGUUGGUGCGUGGCGGCAUGCAAUCUCCCUGAGUGUGAUAGUCCCACCUGGAGGUCACAGGAUGCCGGUACAGGCAGCACAAUGGACUGAGUUUUUAUCCUGCCCUAUCUGCUACAAUGAGUUUGACGCCAACAGCCACAAGCCCAUUAGCCUGGGUUGCUCGCACACCAUCUGCAAGACCUGCCUGCACAAACUGCACCGCAAGGCCUGUCCCUUUGACCAGACGGCCAUUAGCACUGACAUUGAUGUGCUGCCUGUCAACUGUGCCCUCCUGCAGCUGGUGGGGGUGCCGGUUCCAGAUGGUGAGAUUGUAAAUGUGGGCAGUGUUGAAGACACCAGACAUUAUGAGGUGUGCCGAAUGUGUGUUGAGGAGCUGGCACUCUAUCUCAAACCCAUCAGCGGAGGAAAAGGUAUAGUUACCCUCAGUCAGAGCACACUAAGCAGGCCCAUGCAGAGGAAGCUGGUUACCCUUGUGAACUGUCAGCUGGUUGAGGAGGAGGGGCGUAUGCGGGCGGUCCGGACGUGCAGAUCUCUGGGUGAACGCACCAUCACUGAACUCAUCCUACAGCACCAGAACCCACAGCAGCUCUCGGCCAACCUGUGGGCUGCUGUGCGGGCACGCGGCUGUCAGUUUCUCGGACCUGCCAUGCAGGAUGACGCUCUGAAACUGGUGCUGCUGGCCCUUGAAGACGGCUCAGCUCUAUCACGGAAGGUUCUGGUGCUGUUUGUGGUGCAGAAACUGGAGGCGCGGUUCCCUCAGGCAUCUAAGACCAGCAUUGGUCAUGUAGUUCAGCUGCUGUAUCGCGCCUCCUGCUUUAAGGUGACCAAACGGGAUGAAGACUCCUCUCUCAUGCAGCUGAAGGAAGAGUUUCGCACUUACGACGCUCUACGCCGUGAGCAUGAUGCUCAGAUCGUUCACAUCGCCAUGGAAGCAGGGCUACGUAUUUCGCCUGAGCAGUGGUCCUCUCUGCUGUAUGGAGACCUUAUGCACAAAUCUCACAUGCAGUCAAUCAUAGACAAGCUCCAGUCACACGAGUCCUUUGCUAAAAGCGUGCAGGAGCUCACCAUUAUCCUGCAGAGAACAGGAGACCCAGCCAACCUCAAUAGCCUCAGAGCUCCUCUAGAAGGACUGUCCAACAUCGACCACAAUCCUGAUGCGGCUGCUCCAUCCUGGGCAGAACUGGAGAGCGUGGUAUUGGCUGUGAAGGUUGUUGUCCACGGGCUAGUGGAAUUCAUACAAAACUUCAGCAAAAAGUGCCAUGAAAGCCCUCAGGCUCAAUCCAACAGCAAGUACAAGACCAGUAUGUGCAGGGACUUACGGCAGCAGGGUGGCUGCCCCAGAGGAGCCAGUUGCACUUUUGCCCACACAUUGGACGAGCUGGAAAAGUACAGAAUGAGGAAUAGGAAAGCUAGUGUGGUGGUUAGGCCCUUCAUGUCAGUUCCAGCAGUUAUGCCCAAAGCAGGCACCAAAGGAGUAGUCUCUGGGUCAGAGGUGGGUAUUGAAGUGCUAACGAACUACGAGAAGGAAGCCGCAACCUCAGAGGACUCAUCUCCAACUCAGCUGAUCCCUAGAGGUGGAGACUACCAGGAUGAAAAAUCACUCCCCAACUGUGCCAAUGGACUGCCUGCUACCAGCCUGGAAAAAAAUCCAAUCAGUCACUUGGCUUCGAUAGCAUCUAGAGAGGAAUGCUGUGGUCCUCCCAAACUUGGGUCUGUCCACACAAGAGCUCAUAAUGAGAUUUACUACUCUCAUGACCAGAGAUCCCAUUAUGACCAGCCACCCUACCACCAACCUUCCACUCCUCCUUACAAAUCAUGCAACGCUCGCUUCCUUCGUUCCAGCAAUGUGCCUGAGUCCAUGUUACCACCUGCAAUGGGCCCCUUGAAUCCAGAUCAGCACCCCUCUGUUCCGCCUCCAGACAGAUUAGACCCCACCCAUUAUGGACCGCACUCAACAUACACCGCCAUAUCUCAUAGUCAUGCACACUCCGUGUACACCCCCGUCUACGACAGCAGGCGCAUGUGGAGGCCGCCGCUGUACCCCAGGGAGGGUGGGCGGAGUAACUCUCUCCCUCCAGAGGUUUUCCAUUCAUUUGUAUAUCAGCCACCAGUCAGAGAGCGAUACAACUCGCUUGACAGCCCUUACUGUAGCACGGCUGAUCAGAGAGCAGCAAUGCACAGGGACUCAUUUUGUAGGACUCAUCUUGGCUAUGAGGAUCUCUAUCACCACAAACAGGAACAGUGGGCACAUCACCACGGCAACGUGAACAGACCCUCCCAAUCAUCUCCUGACUUCGCUAUGGAUUUGAGUCCAGAGCAUCCUAAGGCUGUAGGUGGUGGGUGUAUGACUUGUAAGUGUCAUGGUGGGGAAGAGAAUCUUGCCCACUACUCACCCUGGUCGUGUGACAUUAUCAACCCAUUUGAGUCAGAGCCCUACCAUUUGUCAACCCACUCUUGUUCCAAGAAUUCAGAUGGGGAAAGUGCUGGCAAACGGUGGCUUCAUAUGUUCGAGCCCUACAGGCGACUGAAAGAUGAAGAUCCCAUCAUUCCUUUUGGAGAGGGGCCCAUCAUCUCCAAAUGGGGAGCGAUCUCUCGGGCCUCUCGCACCAGCUACCACACCACUGACCCGGUCCAGGCCACUGCAUCGCAGGGGAGUGUCGGUACCACAUCAAUCAACUUCAGAGACUAUGGCUCUCAUAUUGUUCACAAUGACCUCAGAUCGGGCCCACGAGGUUCUGAUUCCGCUAGUCACUCCAGAUUUAUAGAAAGUGAUCAUCUGACAGUGCCAGGGCUUCAUGUGCGGCAUAAUUCCUUCAGCAGUGGGUCAAAGCAGAGCACAGAACUGCUGGGGAAAGAAGGGACAGAGAGUGAGCCUAACAGAGACAUUGAGCUGGAGCUGUCCGCUCUGGACAUGGAGGACACAGAGACAAAGGACUGCAAGCCUGAGGACUCUUAUGAAACACAAAGCCGCUCACAGAGCAGUCACCUCUCUUCGGUCUUCAGUGAGCCAAUGGCCAGUUCCCAGUUGGACAAUCAUCUGUCUCACAGAAUGGACACCCACCUUAUAAAGAAGAUGGCAUUCAGAAAGACCCUCUCUCCUGGAGGCCUCAGUAUUGGGAAGAUUCCAAUGAGGACAUGCUCACCCAGGCCUGGAGACCCCCCACGACCCAGCCCAGGACCUAAGAUGCUGCUAAAGGGGAAUUGAGGUGGGCUGGACACAUCAGUCCCCUCUUGUUGUAAUUCCAUGGGGUCAUGCCAAGAAUCCACCAUACUCCUUAUGUAGAAGGUAUAUUUGCCUUUAUAGGGGUCAAUUGAGGCAGCGAGAUGCAGCCAAAAGCCUUCUGUAUUCAUGUGUUCUCUUCAUAAGAGCUAGCUAUGCCCUGUAAUUGCAAUCACUAGUCUUCUGUUCAAAGUUUUUUGUUGUGUUAAUCACCACUUGUGGAUGAAUGAAUCUCAAAGAGUCUCAACUCCACCUCAGGUACCUCUUAAUGUCAGCCAAUCCAAGGCAGUUACCAUUAUUUUCCCCAUUCAUUUUCUCCAUAGAAAUGUCUUCAUUAUAAGGGUUGUCAUGAACAAAACCAACCAAAUCAAAAGACACAAGUACAAGGCUGUGUAAUUAAUGUCUUGAAUUAGGAAAUGAACUACAAACCCAUGAAGCAUUGCAAAUGACUAACAAACGAUUACAAAUAUAUAAAACUGUUGAUAUGAAGUCGCUAAUUAUAAGAAUAGAAACAAUAUAUUUGAAGUUUAUUACAAAAUAUUCAGAUACAUACAAAUAUAUAAGUAGUUUGGUAAUGUAGGGAGACUCAAUUGCAUCAUUCAAAGUGCGUCAUGAAAAGUGAGUGGUCGCCGCACAGCUCUUUUGCUGCUAUUUUUGGCUGCAAUUCACUGAUUGGUGGAUCUCUCUUUAGGACUGUGGGUAUUGUAGUUCUUAACCAGGAAUUUCACUAUUAGACAUGUUUUUAUUUAAUGAAGUUUAAAAAUGCAGACUGAUGGUUUCAACAGUAGCAAAUGCCAUAAAUUAACAACCUUCAUUUUCUCUAUGGAGUAAAUGAAUGCUGUUUUUACUUCACAGCUGUUCUGCUCAAUUACACAUGUUCUGUAACUUUUGUACAAAAUGUGACGUUUCUCGCUAGCUUUUAGCACACUGAAUACAUUAUAAUCUACUGUAUAUGACUAUUACAGUCUCUUCCCAUUUGUAAUUAUAUAUAUAUAUAUCAAUGUUUACAAUAUUGAAUCAAAUAUUUAUCAAGGAUAACCAAGGUGCUUGGAAUUUAAAGUACACACAUUAUCAUUAUUAUUGCAGUGUUAGCCACUGAAAUGUGCAUGGAUUGUUUUGGCCGUGGGCCAAAAGUAAAUAUUGCAUCAUAACAAACUAUAACUGCAUUAUAAUUUUUUCUAGCCUUAUGACUCAAUCAUAAUUUUAUGUCAAAUACUUUAAACAAUUACAUAUCAAAAUCUCAUGUUUAAAUAAUUUCAAAAUUGCAUGAUCUGUACGUUGCAUAAUAUGCAUCAAUACUGAAACAAUUUAGCUUUUAAAUUAACAGCCUACAAAACGAAUGCCCCCAAACAGAGAUGACAGCAUUUCUACAGAUUUGAAAAAAAAAGCCAAUUUAAUAAAACAAUGCAAAAAUAAACAUUUACCAAUGAACAUUAGUCAGAGAUAUGAUUCAUACACAGAUAUGAUUCAUAAUGUUCAGUAAAAUUAUAAUUGUAUCAAUAAUAAAGUUUUAUUUAACAUGAAAGCUAUUUAACACAUCUGGAUAUUAUUUUGUUAAUAUUAUUAUUAACUACAUUGUAGCAUUUGGUAUUUUUAGUGCACAGCACCGAACUGAUGCGUAGCGUGAGCAGCGAGUCCCCGUCUCUGCGCGUUUAUGGCAUGAGCAUCUGCCACUGAAUCAGCAGCUGCACCACAGACGCCACGAAACAUAUAAUGUUCAGCAAAAAUUCAUAUGAAGAAUUCGAUGGAUAUAAUAAUUUAGAACUAUAUCAGAUUACUGGGGAUUUUUUUUUUCCCAGAGAUACUGUUCAUUUCCGACCCCUGACGGAACUAGAGACGGAAAUGAGAGAUGUAACAAGUGUUUGUUUAAGUGUCUUUCUUCACCACAGGCCUACAGCUGGUACAUUACACAAAGCAUUUUUGCUUUCUGCCUUUCUUGAAAAUUUGCUGCAUUAUGACUAAUGAGGGAGCAUCAAGAUAUGAAAGACAUUCGCCGUCGCGUGCUUGCAACGUUUACAGCUUUGUUGUUUAUGAACAGAAACGAUAUCAUUUUAUUGCGUCGUUAGCUUACGGAGACAUGAUAUAAUGUCAUUUGCAUGUGGAAUUAACAGGUUUAGAAAGAUUUGUUCAUCUGAAACAUCUUAAGUUCAGUAACUAUGCAACAAAUUGCACGCUUACACUCAGGGCCGACCCAAGACUUUAUGAGGCCCUAAGCAGAAAUUACAAUACGAUUGACUAUUGUCAAUGCUUGACUAUUCGCACACUAUAUAUUUAAUAUUGUGUUUUUGUAUAAUUACCAUUGUCCAUUGAUAAAAUAUAGCACAAAAAUGUGCUCUUGGGGGCCCCCUGGUGGCCACAGGGGCCCUAAGCAGCCGCUUAGUUCGAUUGUGCCUUGGGCCGGCUCUGCUCAAACUAAAUUUACUAAAGUGCUCAAACACGUUGCUUACAAGCUGCAUGAGAGAGAGAGAGAGAGAGAGAGAGAGAAUUAUAGGAAUUAUAUUAUUAUUAUAUUAUAAUAAUUUAUAUUAUGAUAUUAUAUAUUUAUAUGUUAUUAUAGAUUAUUGUGGAAUUAUAGUUUGAUACAAAAACAAAUGUAUUAAUUUGAUUUUGAUUCUGUAUCUGUUGGUUUACUAAUUUACAGCUGCACUGUAAUGUGAAUAAAAGUGUGCAGGAAUUUUCCACAUUAUGAACAUUGAACUUGCGGAAAUCAUUAAAAAUGUCCACAAAACCCGAAAUCCAAUGCCGAAUUUUAGGCUCUGCAAACUGUAUAAUAUUAAAAUAUGAAAGUUUCCCUAGUUCCCUUCCUUUAUUUCAUUCUACAAAAAAGCAUUACCCUACAUUCUGCUAAAUGAAUGCAAUGAAAAGCUGCGUCAGUAGCAUUUUUUUAUUAUUCGUUUACCACUCUUGUCAUAUAGUGCAAGGCAGGCCAAAUCAAAUGUCAUCACGGGCCAACUUUGGCCCUUGUUUGGGCACCUGUGGUUUAAAACAACCAUUAAUUUAUCUUUGUUUAAAUGUAUGGGUUGUUACAUACGUCUGCUAUCUCUAAGAGACAUUUCACAGGCAGGCAAUAUUUUGUACAAAUUCUUAAAGUAACAGAUAGUGGAAUAGAAUCACCCCAGAAUUCAAUUCUGUUAAUAUUUACUUACCCUCAUGUUGUUCCAAACCCGUAUGACUUGGAUCUCUUAAGCUAAAUAAUAAUGACACAAAUAAAAAGUUAAUUUGGAAAUAAGUUGUUCAUAUGACCUAACUUCUAUGUCUUCUGAAGCCAUACAAUAACUUGGCGCGAGGAACGGCUUUUCCGCAGUUUUUCUCUGCUAAUAUUCUCCACUGUAGCUUUAAAAUCUCACUUGUGUUUACAGACAUUCAUAUAUGGCACACCAAGACAAUUCACAUCAGGUUUGAAUAACGACAUAAAUAACAGCUACAAUUUUGCGUUGCGUUUUUUUGUUUACAACUGUAAAAAAGUAAUGUCCAUUUUCAUUGCCUCUGUUUUGUCCUUUGGAGUUUCGGUUUGACGGAGGUAAACCGACAAUUAGACCAACAAUUUCAUCUUUUAAAAUUCCCCUAUUUUAUGAAAAAACAUUGCUUACUUCCAUGAAGUUGUUCUCAAAAUAUUUUGUAUAUGUUUUUAAUUUUUUGGUCAACAUUUUGAAAGUAUAAUCAACCCUAUCUACCAACCAUCAAGUGUUUUUCAAUAUUCAGAACUUCCUGUUUGGUUGACAAACAAGUUUAAAAAAAGAAUAUGGUUGUUUGUUUACAGUAAAAGUAUUUUUGUGUGCUGACACAUCUUUUCUCACAAAAGUGGGGAAUUUUAAGCGUGAUUUUAACUCUGUGUAACAUUGUAAAGGAAAAACGUUGAUUUAUUUGUUCAUCUCUAAUUGAUCUGUCAAGGGAUUUUGAUGUUUUUCUGCUUCUAUCUUUUAUUUGAUCAAACCUGUCACUUGACAAACCAGCACUGUGUCUUUGUACAGAUUUUGUUUAGGGUUUUUCCAAAAUUCAUAAACACAAACUUGGUACAGUCCUUCAGACUUAGUGUGUUUUGUCUUAUCGAACUGAUCAGAUGUUCAGUUUUCUUGCAUCUGACCUUCAAAGUUAGAUCUGUAUCUGACUGAAAAUACCAUAGACCUAUUUUGACGAAUCUGUCUGUCUAUCUAUCUGAAAUGUAUUUCCUGUUGGACCUAUAGAAACCUUAAAAUGUAACUUUCAGACACGACUUUCUCAAACCAGCAUCAGUCUUUAUUUGUCUUUCUUUAUUGUUAAAUCGAUUGCCUGGACCAGUGUUGGUAUUCGUGUAUAAAUGUGCACAUGUAUGUCUUUGUUCAGCUUGUACAAAAUAUGUAUAUGAAUACAUUCUCACUUAAGACUGUUAAUCAUGGUUUUACGUUUGUGGUAUUAGUGUACAUGCCCUGUGUCUUUAAGAAAUGUGGACUGAAGUCUCAUUCAAUUUAAUUUGACCUCGUUCAAAGUGUUUUUCGACAGGGCAUGUUAAGAGUUGCAGCUCUGCAGCCCUCCAGGAAAGAGAAAUGAACUUAAGCUAACACAAUGAGUGCAGAUUAACAUCUUGAAGUAUUUUGUCUUAUUUUUUUGUUUAUAGAAAAGUAUUUGCCUUUCUUUUUUAUUUAUCUCAUCAGAUGUGAGCGAUUUAAAAAAUGUAUCUGGGUUGGUAGUUUUACACUUGUUUCCAUUUCAAUUUUCUUACUGUCAAGUUGUCAGAUUGCCUUUUAAAAUUGUGCUUUUUCCUUUUUUAUCACUCAAUGCAACUUAAAGAAGCCUUAUUAGUGCAUGUUUUUAUUCCGUUUUAUCAGCCCGGCUCUGUAUAAUGCAUGCUUCCUUUGGUAAAGGGUUUCUUUGGUAAAGGAAGUAUGAUUGUGUAGUUGUGUCACACAACACCCCAGCGCUGUAAGUGUACUGCACUUGUCCACUUUGUGGUUGUAUAUUGUAUCAUGCUCACUUCCUGCCUAUAGCACUUAUUGUCUGUUUUUGUGGAUUCAUUUCAGGAUUAUGAAUGUAAUUAUUUUAUUUCCAUAGUUUUUUCCCCCUUUGGAAAUGUUCAUUUUGUUUGCAUUGAAUUUAAAAAAUGUGCUUGUUUUGUCCUGUCUACAACUGGAAAAAAAAACUGAUGUGUUGAAUAUUUGUAUGUCUGUAUUAGACAUUUUCUUUGCAAAUCUAUUGUUCGAUUCAAUUGUAAAUGAAUACAAGAUGGACAUCCGUCAUUUUAUAAAGCCAGAGCCAUCAUUAGAUGGACAUACUGCACAUUUUUAGGAUAUACUGUAUAGUCAUCUAUAUUGAAAUAUAUUAGGCUAUUUAUGGUCACUGACAGAGAAUCUAAAAGUUAGGAAUAUCCUUUGAUGAAAUAAUAAUAGAUAUUUAUAUUGCAUUUGUUUAUUUAAAUAUAAAUACCACUGGGCUGAGAUUUCAAGUUUGCUUGUGGCAAUGCAAUGACAUAAUAUAUAGAAAUGUAGCCAAUGCACAGUCAAUUCUAUCUGUUUUUGUUUGUUUAUGCUCUUGUAUCUUAGCUAAGCUUUGCCUGAUAUGUAGGGCAAGCUGGUGAGAUGAAAUUAAAGGUCAUGACAUGUAACUGCAUGCCAAGAUAAUAAACACAGUUAC